AUGGAUACUCUUAUUAAAAAAGGAAAAACUCUUAUUAUAUUGCUAUAAAUUGUGCUAGCGCUUCCUGAAUGUUUUGGUUUGUAUCAGCUACCAAUAGAAAUUUUGGAUAAUUCAUCCACUACUUCUAGUUUCACCACCAUUGAAUAUGAACCUACAUUAGAUUAUUUUGCAGUAGGAGGUUAUUAUGGUUAAACUCCUAUUAUUGGACUCUACAAUAACAAGAAUUAUUUCAAUAGAUUCGUUUGGCUUAAUAUUUAUGACUAUGAUAAUAUCAUGACAUAAAUAAAUAUAUUAAUAAAAUCAGUUUAAAGCGAGACUUAAGCAAAUAUCGACAUUGUUAGUUGUUUACUUCUAAGAUUAGAUUUGCAGGGUUAAGUGAAUAAAACAACCAUUAUUUAAAAUAUUGGAAUGUUAAAAAGAUCUAUGAUUAAUACAUUAGCCAUUAGACCAUCAAACGGAGAUAUUUAUCUAUUACUUUCAAAUUUAAAUCAAUAAGGGAUGGUAUAUGUUAUUAGUAAUGAUCUGACUUAAAUCAAUUAAAUUCACAAUAUCAAUAUAAAGCAAGGAUUCUAUUGCUCUGUUAAAUUUGAUCAGACUAAUGAUAUGGCAAAGGUAAUGGGAGUUUUGAUGCCAGAUGAUAAACUUAGAUAUGGGUUAUUCUACUCAGUAUUUCAAGAUAAUUUAGCAUCAUCUUAUACUUAAUCUGGAAUUUAUACUAAUUAACUGGUAUAGUACUAGCCAAUUAUCCCUAUCAUCGAGUAGAAUUUAGACUAUUUAGCUGGUUGUUUAGAAGGCACUGUGAGUGAAAUGGCUAUAUUCGGCAUGUUUUAUAUUAAAACUUCUACAGGUGCCUUACAAAUUUUAUAUAGAGAUGUAACUUCAACCUACCAAUAGAGUGGUGCAUUUUAUUGUAUAGGAAUAAGAUUCGCUAGUUCAAGUGACAUUACGCUGUUUUACUAGGCAAAGAUAGGAAAUAAUGCUUUAAUUGUGUUCACAACUAUUAAAUCAUAUCCAUUAAGUGGAUCACAAACCUCAUUUUUUGAAUUUUCUGAAUGCUAGUCAACUCCCAAAUCUGAUUUUAUCAGAGUUAAUCUGAUAAAGACUCUUUAUAUGAAAAAUGGUUAUAUACAUCUUGGAUUUUUGAUAGACAAGAUUGGCAGAUAAAGGGCUUAUCUAAACUAUUAUUUAGCUACUGAAUAUCUAUCUUUGCUUAGUGAUUCAUGUAUAUUGCAUCCUGAAGGAUAUACAAUUAUAGCUUAAUAAUAUUUUGAUCUCUCAACUAGUACAUACGACAAAGUUUAAAAUGAUAUGAAUGAAUUUCUUAGAGUCAUAACUAUUACGAAUAUGCUACCAUAUGUAAGUCUCUGGCAAGAUCAGAUUAAUUUGACCAAAAACGAUAAAUUAGUGUCUUAACUUCUGGUAAAAUAAGAAAGAAAUCCAGCUAGAUUGUCCUCAGCUAUUGAUUGCUUAAUUGGCAUGCAAUGCCAAAUAUAUCAAUCUAAUUUCACUCUGAGUGGUCAGUGUAGUGAUGCUGGAACCAAUCGAAACUAUAUCACAUGA